CGUAAGCUGUCACCCUCUGCCAUCAAGAAGCGCUAUGAGCUGCAAACCCGAAGUGAGGCGAACACAACCGACUGGCUGAUAGAUCGUUACCGGGAUUUGACGUCCCUAGACACAAGUAACAAUAUAUAUAGAUAUAGGCUCUCUACCUGUCAUUGUUCGUGAAGUGCAAUAUCUGUUGCAGCAACGGUGGUAAACAUGUUUGUUUACAUACAAAAGAACAUAUUCAGUCGGAAAACGUGUCCUGCAUGACAGCUGUGGUCCCAAGAAUUGAUUUCGUAGAACUGAACUAUUAGUUCUUGAAACAAAAGGAACUACACGAUUAAAAGUCUAAGUAGCAACUGCAAUUCAGUGUAGAGGACUAUGAGGAAAUCACGGGGUGCAUCAAGAACACCUCCACUGUCAGUCGCAGUUCGUGCUGGCGAUGUCAAUGCUGUCCGGAAACUGCUCAGAGAAGGAGAAAGUCCAAACGAUUUCGAUAACCGCGGCUGGACGCCACUGCACGAGGCAGCUGCAGGAGGGCAUGUCACAUGUGCUUUAUUGUUGCUGCAUUUCGGGCAAGACAUUAAGGAUGUAAUAACUCAUGAAGGAGAAACACCACUUUUCCUGUCUGUUAAUCCAGACGCUAAACCUGAUGUAAUUAAAGUUCUUCUGAACCACUCAGCAGAUAUGAAUCUUGGCAACAAUGAACGGUUCACACCAUUGCAUAAAGCUUGUGAGCUUGAUUUGGUAGACCGUGCCCACCUGCUUUUAGAGUCUGGUGCAGAUAUCAAUGCUGCAAAUAAUAAUCAUAGCCGGCCUAUUCAUGAAGCCAUCAAAAGAAGAUCUGUGGAAAUGGUCAAUCUGUUGGUGAAAUUUGAGGCGGACCUGAGCUUAAGAGAUUCAGAUGGGCGCACACCUAUCAUGACUGCUGCUUACAUGGGCUUUCAUGAGGUCCUUAAAAAAUUGGAUACACCAGAAUUAAACAUAAUUAAUGAGAGUCAAUUCGGAGAGUCCUUAGGAGACACAGCACUGAUGUUGGCUGUUCGAGGAGGCUGUUUAAAAACAGUUGAAGUCCUUCUUGAGAUGGGUGCUGAUGCCAACAUCGUGAGGGAAGACACUCAACAAACAGCACUGCACCUCGCUGCACGGCGUGGUGACCCGAGGAUUGUUGAUCUCAUCAUAAAGGCGACAGAAAUGGAAAAAGUGGCACUGUGCAAAAAUCCUUUGAUAAAUGCAAUUGAAAGCAUGCAAGUGAAAACGAUUGAAUUGCUAUUGCAGUGGAUGCAUGCCCAUCCACAUUUAGUAAGGAAGGUUAUUGAAUGUGAAAGUGGGGUAUUCGCACAAGAUUACAAAGUGACUGGUCCUGUCUCGUACCUACUCUACUACAAGGCUGACCACAAGGAAUUAUUGCCUGUGCUGCAUCUGCUCCUUAAAAAUGGAUGUCCGGCAAAUGUGUCCUCCGUCAAUGAAUUUCCGCCAUUAACAGCAAUUACAGCUUCAUCAGCACCUAAAAGAAUAAAGAAAGAAUGUAUUGAGAUUCUUUUAGACUAUGGUGCUGAUGCUGACCACCCAUUCCCCUGGUAUGCAAAGAUGUACCCCCUAUCAUUCCUGCCAGCAGCCUGGUAUUAUGCAUUGCGUCUUCAUCCAGGUGAGAACUGGUUGAUCAGGUUGCUGAUGUCUGUAAGCAAAAAAUGUGACCCUAAUACGCUACUCUCAGUAGUGUAUGUUUAUGCCUAUUAUAAGACAAUGCUGGUUGAUGAAGAACUAUGUGCAUGUAGGUCUACACUUCAGCAUACAUUGGAUUUAGCUCUUGAACUAGGUCCCUCAGACUAUUCCAUGAUGUUCAGCAUUUGGGCGAAAUUUAGGAAAUCAGGACUGUCUGGAGAAGGACUGACUGGAGAAGGAGUGCAAAACCAGCAAGAAGAAACUGCUCAGGAUGAUUUGAUUGUUCCAGAAAUGUUAACACCAACACCACUCGCAAAGCUAUGCCGUAUCUUAGUCCGCAAACAUUACUCUCUAUCAGCUCUGAGGAAAUAUGAUAUGCCUAGCAUUGUAAAUGAUUUCCUGAACUAUAUGUUCUGAUUUUGGGCUCUCUUUUGAAAAUAUAAUUUAUCUGCUGAGAAAAAAUUAUAUUAUAUUACACAAAAUACACUCUAUGUUUCCAGUAUAUUGUGAUAUUAAGGAUUGAUGUUCAGAAUUUCCAUUCUCAUUUUACAUGGGGUGAAAAUAGAAUUUCAUGUUAGCAUGAGAUGUGAUAUAUUGUGUAGCAACAUAAUGUUAUAUAUAAAAUGUAUGACGUGUGUGUGUGUGUGUGUGUGUGUGUGUGUGUGUGUGUGUGUGUGUCCUCUGGUUAAUAACCAUCAUCACAGUAUAAAAGUUCAUAUAAUAUUUAUGUGUCAUGUGAUUGUCAAUAUGUCAGUGAGAUAACUUGAUACAUAACUGAUAUAUCAACUUUUAUACUGUCUUGAUUACUAUUAAAGUUAUUCUGAACUCUGAAAAUGAGUUAUUCAAGAAAUACAGUUGAACAAAAAUAGUUAUAUGUUGCAGAUUUUGUGUGUCUGUCCAGUUUGAAUGAUGUGCCCUGCUUCAAAAAAACUUCAAAAAGUGUUUCAUUAUUUUACUGCUAAUAACAUUAUUCCUGACUCUGUAAUUUGGUUGUUUCAAGUAGUUUUGGAUAAAAAUAGUUGUAUGUUGCAGAUUUUGUGUGUCUGUCCAUUUUGAAUCAUGAAGUUAUUCCAUGAAAAGUUCCAGGCCAUAAGUAUUUGUUGUAUGUCAUUGGAAGAUUCUGUGAACUGUUAAUGCAUUGACAAAUGGCUGGAAUGGUUAGAAAAUAAAUAGAAAACUGUUCCUGGUAUUUGUUGUUGCAUGUCCACGGUAAUAAUUUGUUUUAACUCUUUACGAGACUAUUACAUGUCAGUAUGGGAAAUGAUCACAAACUGGUUGUCCAAAAUGUGCCAUUUAUUUGACAAGACAUGUUUUGGGAUGGUGAUCUGGUUAUUAAGUUCUAUAAAGCAAGGAAAACAUGAUUUACUACUCCACAUCAUGUAACAUAAUAAAAAUUAAUACUCGUUGAGGCCCAAUCAAAAAUUAUAAACAAGUAAUUAACAUGCAUUAUGUAACAUAAGAUUGUAAGUUUAAUAAUGUGAAGUAAUGAUUUGUAUUUUACAUGUUUUAUAGAACUUGAUAAUGGGAUCAUGUCAACCUGAAACAUGUUGUGUUAAAUAACUGAACAUUUUGGAUGAGUGAUGCACAAUAAUGUCUGUACUGUUAUUGUGAUACAGUUGUACUGUGGCUACACAACAGAUAAUUGUAGAUAUCUUGUGUCUUGCCAGGACAGUGUUAAUGUAUAGAGAAAGGUUUUGAGCAACUCUCAAUUCACAAAAAUGAUGUAGCUUGUUUGUGCAAAAAUGUGUCUGCUGCAACUGAAUUAUUAGCUAUCAGUUUAAAAUUGCUUUCUUCUCUAUUAGCAGAUUACCGCUUAAUCAGACUGAGCAUGAAUAUGUGUAUGCACUAUAUUCAAUAUGUUUUUUUAUUCAUUUAAUGAAGUGCAUAAAAAAUUGUACACCAGAUAACAGAUUUAGAGCAGCUAUGGAAUCAGGUGAGAAAGCUUAGGAGCAAGUCAGAAAUCUGAAUAGCAUUGGUUUUAACAUUCUUAAAAUAUCUUACUGAAAUAGUUAUAUGCUUGAGUGAACAUGAAGAGACAACUAUUUUUCAGCAUAGUAUUUGUUUAAAAUUAAUAUAAUACAAGUAAAGGCUAAACUGCUGUAUGACAAAUUUGAAAUGGAUGAAGGAAAGUUGAUAGCAUAGAUAGAAUAUCAGACUAAAGAAAAGUUAACAUGUUUCUUAUUCAUAGAGUGUAUAUACUAUACGAGAAUAAGAGAAAUUAAACAAUUGUUCCAUGCUGUAAAACAGUCUGAGAAACUGAAUCAAUAGGUUGCAAGGAGAUUAAAAUUUCUGUGCUGUAGGAUAGUUCAUGGCAUUGUCCAAACUGACUGUAGAAAGCAGAAAUUAAAGUAGCUUGAAGGAGAUUCACUUGAGAAACAUUACCCGAGAUAUGCUUUUAAAUCCAAUAGUUUAGUGAGAACAGUUACACAAAGUAGUUAUGGCAAUAAACUGUUAUUUUAGUAGGAUGUACAAGGGCAUAUUGUACCAAACAUCCUUAUUAUCAAAGCAUACUUUAAGACAAAUUUAUGUUUCCGGGUAGUGAACAUACAGCACUCUUCCUUGAAUUAGUUUCAUUUUACAAUAUGUGUCAUCCAGUUACUUCUAAUCAGAUACCAAGUACGUGUGUCCCUGCCUGAGCAGAACAUCAUUGUAGAAUACAAAGAAGAAGUAAGUUCUGAUGUUACUACACAGUUAAUAAUUGUGAACUGGUAGUCGCUUUUUGUAAAUGAUAUGGAAAAGUACUGACUUAGAGUCAAAUUAAGAAUCAAAAGUUUUCCAGGGUCCUGAAGGUUCAGGAUCAUUCACCAUUAUAACUUGUUAUUAACAAAAUACAUAUUAUGGGACAAUAUUAUGAAAAGGAUAGUUGCUACUCACCAUAUAGUGGAAAUGCUGAGGUGCAGAAAGAACAACAAAAUGACUGUUGGAAAGUUGGCUUUCGGACAACAAGACCUUUGCCAAAAAUAUACAACACACACAUACACACACAUGCGUGCAAACGGAACUCGCACACACAUGACCAUGGUCUCUGGCAACUGUAGCCAGACUGGAGUCUAUGAAUUUAUAGAAAUCUCUUGAAAAUGGCAAUGCAGCCAAAAUAAGCUUAUCGGCUAACUGUACAAUUCUUGAAUAAAGCAUCAUAAAUAACAGCAAUCUGGUAUAACAUACAGUGUGAUUAUAAUUAAAGUUAAACUUUCAAACUGCUGUAGAAAUACCAACACUGGUUAGAAUGACAUCAAAUUGCAACAGAAUAUUAUCGGAGAAGGGGGAAAACAUAUGGCAGAAGAAAAAUAAAUAGUUAUAAAAUGUAGCAAUAGAUGCCACUAUAAGCAUCAUAAUUUAAUAGUGGUCGACUACAAAUGACAAAUGAAUCAUACAACAAUGCCUAAGGUGUACGUUUGACAUUAAACAAACUGUAUUACUCAGUGUGCAUGAAUGUACAGGUGUGAUACUGUUAGUUACGUAAGCCCAUCCACUGUGGCAAGUUCAUAUCAUAUUGGAUGAGAAAAAUUGUUUUUUUAAUAGUCGUGAGGCCAAAAACCACAUAAAAAGCAUUGCUCACAUCAGUUUUUAAUUGUCCCGAGGCUAAAAACUUUGUAAAAACCAUCUAUCACAUUGGUUUUUAAUUCUCAUGAGGCCAAAAACUGCAGAAAAAGCAUCAUUCACAUCAGUUUUUCGUUGUCCUGAGGCCAAAAAUAACAUAAAAAGCAUCACUCACAUUGGUUUUCAAUUGUCCUGUAGCAAAUUACCACAUAAAAAGCAUCAAUCAAAAUCAAAUCAGAUUAUUAAUUUCUGUGUGACUAGCACAAAACAUGUUCAGUAUGCUGUCCACCAUUUUCUGCAACAAGUUGAAAUCAAGAAACAGCUUGUUCCACAACUGAUCGAAGUGUUUCCGGGGUCAUGUGCAGAAUGUGUUGUGCAAUGCAUGCCUUCAAUUCAGCUAACUUUAUGAUCAGAACACUGAGCACAGCAUCCUUCAGAUAGCCCGACAGCCAGAAGUUACAGGGAUUCUGGGGCAGCCAGGCUGUAGGGAAAUGGCGGCUGAUAAUUCUAGCAUUUCUGAAAUGGUGCUUCAGCAGCUGCUUAACUGGAUCUGCAAUGUGUGGAGGUGUGCCACUUUACAUAGAAAUGAUCCCAUCCACACAUCCAUGCUGUUGGAGAGCUGCAAUGACAUUCUUGCGCAAAAGACACUCAUAGCGUUUACCAGUGACAGUACAGGUAACGGGACCGGAGGCACCUGUCUCUUCAAAAAAAUAUGGCCCUAUGAUAAGUGACACUGUAAACCCACACCACACAGUGAUCUUUUCAGGAUGAAAUGGUACUAGUUGAUUUGCAGGUGGCUUUCCUGUUGCCCACAUUUGACAAUUCUGUGCAUUGACUUCUCCUGUCAGAUGGAAGUCGGAAGUUUCUCCCCUCUACCAGGUUGCACACCAAAAGAACCCGUCUUUUUGAAUUUACAUGUCAUUUUCUACAGACGCACAGCAGCCAUUGGACCAAUGCCUUUGCUCAAACCCUUCAGUGUAUGGAACUUCUGCAGAGCAAUAUGUGCACAGUCAUCAUUCUUGUAAUACAGCUUUAUGAGCAGAGUGUAAUCCUGCAUUGAGUCAGUCAUGGCGAAUGUCACAGAUGCGAAAGGAGGAAAAGCCAUGUACCCGGCAUGUUUAUACCAACUUCAAUGGGUUGUGUGCAUGACAGGUGUUUUCAUUUACUUAUUCUGACACAUACAGCGCCAUCUAUUGUCCAAUUUUCACAUUUUUUUUUUCUUCAGCCAUACAUUUUACCCCUCCUCUGAUAAUAUCCCACUGCAAUUUGAUGUCAUUCUGACCAGUGGUGUAAUUUCUACAGUGUUUUGAAAGUUUAACAUUAAUUAUAAUCAUCUUGUACAGAAACUGUCCUUAAAUAUAUGUACUAUACUGCAGGCCCUGAGGAAAACAAAAUCUCAGUAGUAGCAUAUUUGCCAUUUGUUCCAUCCUAAAAAUGUUGAGGAAGUUAUUAGUAAUUUCUCCCUCAGUAUCUGUGUUAAUAUUCAUAUAUUAGUUUUGGAGACUCUUUGCUGGACUUCAGUCAGUUUGUUGAACAAAUGACUACAUUACAGUUAGGUAAGUGGUACUCCAGCUGUGUCUCUCUGUUGUGAGGCCAUGCCUCAGUAUCUGUGGUCAAAAGUGUGCUAACUGGGUAAUGUUCAUGAUGUCACAAUGAAGGCAUGUAAGUUUGUAACUGAUGUCAUCAAUAAAAUUUGUCUGUAA